AUGAAAUUUCUGCUUUAUAUCGGUGCUCUCACCGCCACUCUUCCCUCUGUUUCGGGCUCAGGUUCGGUUCAAACAAUGGUUCCUGCUUGCCCUCCUCGGCCAGCCACUCCACUGGAGCAACGAGAGAUCUUUUAUGCCUUCGUGAAUGAAUUCAAUGUUCAGAAAAACAUUCAAGAGGCAUUCAACAAUUACGUUUGGGUCGAUUACAUUCAGCAUAACCCAUCCAUUGGACAGGGUCGAGAUGCUGCUAUCACUGCGCUUUCUAAGAUUCCACGCGUCAACAACACCAUUGUUCACCAAACUUUCAUUAACAAUACUGGUUUUGUGCAUCACUAUGAAUUUUCCACGCCGCCAGUUAAGAUCAUGGAUGCUUAUCGAAUGAAUGGAAGCUGCAUCGUGGAACACUGGGACGUUAUUGCCAACCUCACUCUUGGCGAGAUUGAUCCUACCCCUUUGUAA